ACUCGCUCUCCGUUUCCCAGACUUGCUCACUCCGUCCCAGUCCAACAUGCUGUCUGGGCGAUGCUGCGCCCCGCAGCACCAGCCGUCCUGUUCGCGCACGAGGGGCCGCGUCUGACCGAGCCGCACGGGGCGGAGGAGGGCCGUGCGGCAGGCUCCGUGUGGCGGGAGGCCAUGCGACGACGGCGCUACCUGCUGGAGGGGCCGGAGGCAGGCACAGCCACUGAGGCCAAGUCUCCUGACUGGUUGUACGAGUCGUACUACUGCCUGAGCCAACAACACCCGCUCAUCGUCUUCCUGCUGCUCAUCGUCAUGGGAGCCUGCCUGGCGCUGCUGGCCGUCUUCUUCGCCUCGGGGCUGGACAUAGAAGACCACGUGGCCUUCUUGAUCACCGUCCCCACCGCUCUAGCCAUUUUUCUCACAAUUUUUGUCCUGGUCUGCAUCGAGUCUGUGUUCAAGAAGCUCUUGCGUGUGUUCUCCUUGGUGAUCUGGGGCUGCUUGGUUGCCAUGGGUUACCUCUUCAUGUUUUUUGGAGGCAUCAUCUGCCCUUGGGACCAGGUCUCUUUCUUCCUGUUCAUAAUUUUUGUGGUGUACACCAUGCUGCCCUUCUCCAUGAGAGAUGCCAUCAUUGCCAGUGUGCUGACAUCCACCUCGCACACUGUUGUGCUCAGCGCCUGCAUGGCCUCCAGCACCACUGAGGUGGAGCCUCUGCUAUGGCAGAUUUUGGCCAAUGUGAUCAUCUUCAUCUGCGGCAAUAUGGCUGGGGCUUACCACAAACACCUGAUGGAGCUGGCGCUCAAACAGACCUAUCAGGACACCUGCAAUUGCAUCAAAUCCCCCAUCAAACUGGAGUUUGAGAAACAUCAACAGGAGCGGCUCCUGCUGUCGCUGCUUCCAGCCCACAUUGCGAGGGUGAUGAAGGCCGAGAUCAUCCACCGGCUGCAGGGCCCCAACUUCGGCCAGGCGGAGAACACCAACAACUUCCACAACCUGUAUGUGCAGCGGCACACCAACGUCAGUAUUCUGUAUGCGGACAUUGUGGGAUUCACACGCUUGGCCAGCGACUGCUCCCCUGGGGAGCUGGUCUACAUGCUCAACGAACUCUUCGGCAAAUUCGAUCAGAUCGCGAAGGAGAACGAAUGCAUGCGGAUUAAAAUCCUUGGCGACUGCUACUACUGCGUGUCGGGCCUCCCGGAGUCUCUGCCCAACCAUGCCAAGAACUGUGUGAAGAUGGGACUCGACAUGUGCGAAGCGAUCAAGAAAGUUCGGGAUGCCACUGGUGUCGACAUCAAUAUGAGGGUUGGAGUGCAUUCCGGCAACGUUCUGUGCGGAGUCAUUGGCCUUCAGAAAUGGCAAUAUGAUGUUUGGUCACAUGACGUUACAUUAGCCAAUCAUAUGGAGGCGGGCGGCGUACCUGGGCGAGUCCACAUCUCGUCCGUAACGCUCGAGCACCUGAACGGAGCAUACAAAGUGGAGGACGGGGACGGUCAGAGCCGAGACCCCUACCUAAAGGAGCACGGGGUCGUCACCUACCUCGUCGUCAACCCCAAAGCCGAGAAGCGCAGCCCGCAGCUCCACUGCCGCCCACGGCCCGCUCUGGAUGGACCCAAGAUGAGGGCGUCUGUGAGGAUGACCCGCUACCUGGAGUCAUGGGGGGCCGCCAAGCCUUUUGCUCACCUGCAACACCGCGACAGCAUGACGACGGAAAACGGCAAGAUCAAAACCACUGAUGUGCCAAUGGGACAGUAUCAUUUCCAGAGUCGUUCUGAAAGAACAAAAUCCCAGAAGAAGAGAUUUGAAGAGGAGCUGAAUGAGAGGAUGAUUAGAACCAUUGAUGGUAUCAACUCUCAGAAACAAUGGCUCAAGUCUGAAGAUAUACAGCGAAUAUCAUUGUUCUUUCAUAAUAAGACACUUGAGAAGGAGUACAGAGCCAUGACGCUGCCAGCCUUCAAGUACUAUGUCACCUGUGCGUGUGUGAUAUUCUUCUGUAUAUUUAUAGUCCAGAUACUAGUCCUGCCAAAGACGCCGGUUCUGGGGGCGUCGUUUGGAAUGGCCUUCUUCUUGCUCUCCCUCAUCCUGCUCACCUGCUUUGCAGGACACCUCAUGCAAUGCAGCAAAGCCGCUUCAAGCUCCCUGCUAUGGAUGCUGACCUCAUCUAGGAUCAUUGCUGACCGGCCCUGGCCGCGGCUGGCGGUCACCCUAGCAACGACCGCACUCAUAUUAACGAUGGCUGUGUUCAACAUGUUCUUCUUGGAAAACAGCGGGACAUCAGCAACCCCUUUGUCCAACACCUCUAAUGAAACGGUUAAUUACAGCCAGGACCAAGCCCAGCAAGUCAGUGAGACGAACAAAUUCUACCUACCCUAUUUCAUAUACAGCUGCAUCCUGGGCUUGGUCUCCUGCUCCGUGUUCCUGAGGGUCAACUAUGAGCUGAAGAUGGUGAUUAUGUUGGCUGCCGUGGUGGGCUAUCAUGUCAUUAUCCUUCACACACAUGCCUCCAUGCUGGAAGACUACAACACCUUCCUCUACCAGGACCAGCUUUUGGAAAGACCAGGAGUUUUAAAAGACUUGAAGACUAUGGGAUCAGUCUCUCUUUUUAUUUUCUUCGUUACCCUUCUCGUGCUGGCCAGACAGAAUGAAUAUUACUGUAGGUUAGACUUCCUGUGGAAGAAUAAGUUCAAGAAGGAAUGCGAGGAGAUCGAGACCAUGGAGAACCUCAACCGUGUGCUGCUUGAAAAUGUUCUGCCUGCCCACGUGGCCGAGCACUUCCUGGCCCGCAAUUGGAAGAAUGAGGAUUUAUACCACCAGUCAUAUGACCUCGUAUGUGUGAUGUUCGCCUCAAUACCAGACUUCAAAGAGUUCUACACGGAAUCAGAUGUCAACAAAGAAGGCUUGGAAUGUCUGCGACUGCUCAAUGAAAUCAUUGCGGACUUUGAUGAGCUGUUGUCUAAGCCGAAGUUCAGCGGAGUGGAGAAGAUAAAGACUAUAGGCAGCACCUACAUGGCAGCGACUGGGCUUAACGCUACACCUGGGCCAGAGUAUUCACAGGAGCAUGACCGGCAGUACAUGCAUAUUGGCACAAUGGUGGAGUUUGCCUUUGCGCUCAUGGGGAAGUUGGACGUCAUCAACAAACAUUCCUUCAACGAUUUCAAACUGCGAGUAGGCAUUAACCAUGGGCCUGUGAUUGCCGGGGUGAUAGGCGCCCAGAAGCCCCAGUAUGACAUCUGGGGAAACACGGUGAAUGUUGCCAGCAGGAUGGACAGCACAGGGGUGCUUGGAAAAAUACAGGUCACGGAGGAGACGAGUCGCGUCUUGCAGACCCUGGGCUACACGUGCACCUGCAGAGGGAUCAUCAAUGUGAAGGGCAAAGGGGAGCUCAAAACUUUCUUUAUCCACACAGAAAUGACCAGGUCACUCUCACAAGGGAAUGUAAUGCCUUGAAAAAUUGGACUGCUGCAAGGUGGACCAUCAUGACCACAGUGCAUCUGUAAAUAGCUCUGCCAUGUCCUUAGAUGCACAGUAUUUUGGAUUAGAUUUACUAACUGGUACAGCAUCUAUAUCUCAUAAUAUGGAAUGUGCACAUCCAGGCUACGUAAGAAUGUUAGAAGGAGUUUUGUAAGAAAAAAGCAAAAAGAGAAAAAAGUGUUUUUGUGUUUUAACACCCAUUGUUUUGUAAAACAUAUUCAUUAAAGGUUUGUACGUA